AUGAUGUGGCAAACUUCCCUUAGGGCAACUGCCACCGUGCUUGCCCUCCUCACUUCUCAAGUGCUUGGGCAAAAAGACGUCCAGACAGAGACUCAAACGGCCCAGAUCGUGUCGACCAAGGGAGUCAUCCUCGACACCAUCCUGGAUUGGAUCGACGCCGCGAGACUCGACCAGACCACCUACAACGGCCAGAAGUACGGAUGCAAAUGCUAUCCUGGCCGUCCAUGCUGGCCCUCUGCCAACAAGUGGAACAACCUGAACAGGACGGUCGACGGCACUCUUCGUGUCAACGUCCCUGCGGGUGCUGUCUGCCACAACACCUUCGAUGGACCCUUUGGCACCAUCCAGACCUACGAUGAGACGGCCUGCGCUGAUGCCAAGGAGAACUUUGUCUCAUACAACGAGCAGUGGACCGUCGAAAAACCCGCCGACGGCCUCUGGACCUACUUCACCAACGACACCUGCCGUCCCACCUCCAACCCCUCCGACCCCUGCACCCUCGGCAGCUACGGCGUGUACGUGAUCAUGGCCACCAAGGCCUCUCACAUCCAAGCCGGCGUCAACUUCGCGCGCCAAAACAACCUGCGCCUGAUCGUCCGCAACACGGGGCACGACUUCGUCGGCCGCUCCGUCGGCUACGGCUCGCUGAUCAUCAACACGCACAGCUUCCAAUCCAUCAAGUGGACCGACAAGUACACCGGUCCCGGCUCCUACCGUGGUCCGGCCGUGACCAUGGGCGCCGGCGUGCAAGGCGGCACCAUUCUCAAGUCGGGCCACGCUUUGAACCCGCCCAUGGCCCUGGUAACAGGCGAAUGCGCCACCGUCGGUCUCUCUGGCGGUUUCAUCCAAGGCGGCGGCCACGGACCCUGGACCACUCUCAAGGGCCUGGCCGUCGACAACGUGCUCAACUUCGAGGUCAUCACCGCCUCGGGUCUGAUCGUCAACGCCAAUGAGUGGCAAAACCAUGACCUCUUCUUCGCUUUGCGCGGAGGCGGCCCAGCUUCGUAUGGUGUCAUCCUCUCCACCACCGUCAAGACCUUCCCCGACUUGCCGGCCACGGGCGCCACGCUUUACUUGAACACCACGCACACGUCUGACAACGAGGUCAUUUGGGCAGGGACAAAGAUCUUCCACAAGUAUGCGAAUCACUUUGUUGACAACGGGCUGUACGUCUACUUUGAGAUCUUCCCUUACCAGUUCCGCGUCCGCCCGUUCGUGGCUAUCGGCAAGACUCAGACUGAGCUGCAGGCCAUCGUCAAGCCCAUGCUCGAUGAGUUUGCUGCUGCCGGUAUUCCGCACGAGUUCGGUAUCAAGGAGUUCCCCACUUUCUAUGAUCUCUACAUCGACCUGUUCGAGGCCGAGCAAGCUGGUCAAACGGCGUUGACGGGCGGGUGGAUGUUCAACCACGAUGAUGUGGCCAACCGUAAUGACGAGAUCAUCACGGCUAUGAAGAACGUGGUCAGCCCGGCUGGCAGACCGGAUCUUUUUGGUGGUAUGGUUGGACAUUUGUUUAACCCGGGUCAUAACGUGCCGGUUUCGACCUCGGCGGCGCACCCGGCGUGGAGGAACGCGACGGACUUUGUGAUUGUUGUUCUUCCAAGCCCGGAGCACCCCAGCCUGGCGGUGAAGAACGAUUUGCAGAAUGUUUUGACGAAUAAUAUGGAUGAGGGGUUUAGGAAUGUGUCGAGGAGUGGGGCUACUUAUGUUAAUGAGGCCGACCCCUUUCAACCUAAUUGGCAGAGCCACUUCUGGGGCUCCAAUUACCCCAGGCUCAAGCAGCUUCGCAAGAAGUGGGAUCCCUUGGGUGUCUUCUAUGCCGUGUCUACCCCCGGCACGGAGGACUGGGAGGAGAUUGAGUUCAACACCAGGCUUUGCAAGAAGCUGUAG